UUUGUGAGAUAUAAAGAACAAGUUGAGGUUUUGUAAAAAAUAAAAAUAAAAAUCGAAGGUAGUACAAUUCUUGUACUAGUAUAUUAACCAUAUAAGGAGUUACAAAAAUCCAAGUUCUUAAAAACCAAGCUCCCAAUCUUUUGGAAUUCAAGCCUCUUUGUUACUUCACCAUAAAGGAUAGUAAGCUGUACUUCCUGUGAAGUCGAAUCAUGGCAAAACAUCAGCUUUUCUUUCUUUGCUUCUUUUUUCUUACACAAUAUUUAACUCUAACAUCAGCAAAAACAACAGCAGAAGUUGCACUAGUCCGUUGGAAAAACUCCUUGUCUGAUCCUUCUUCACUCAAAUCAUGGAGACUUUCCGAUGCCCAAAGUCUUUGCAGCAACUGGACUGGCAUUGUCUGUGACAACCUUAACUCUGUCACCAACAUCGACCUGAAUAAUCAAGGCCUCAGCGGCACACUCAGCACCCUUGACUUCAGUGCAUUUCCUAGUCUUACAAGCUUAUCCCUGAAUAUCAACCAGCUGCAGGGUCAAAUCCCACCAAGCAUUGGUAAUCUUUCUCAACUUACUCACUUAGACCUCAACAGUAACUUGUUUGUAGGUGUUAUACCUGCUGAAAUCGGUCAGUUAUUACAGCUCGAGUAUCUUAACCUGUAUAAUAAUGAUAUAGCUGAUGCAGUUCCUGUUGAACUUAGUAAAUUGUUGAGGUUAAGUUACUUAGAUAUUGGAUCAAAUAAACUUAGCAGUCCUGAUUGGUCAAAGUUUGCUACGAUGCAUUUGUUGACCCACUUGAAUUUUGGAUACAAUAAUUUUAAUGGAGAGUUUCCAAGUUUCUUAUCUAGCUGCAGGAACAUGACUUACCUCGAUCUCUCAAAUAAUAAAUUUAGUGGGGUGAUCCCAGAAUCCUUUUAUACCAGCCUUCCUAAGCUUCAGUUUCUUGAUCUUAGUUAUAAUUCGUUUUGGGGGCAUAUCUCACCUAAUAUAUCCAAGCUUUCUAGCCUAACUGAACUUCAUCUGAGCUCAAAUCAUAUUAAUGGUUCCAUCCCUGAGAGCAUUGGCUCAAUUUCUAGCCUCAAAGUUGUCGAGUUGUUCACUAAUGCACUCACUGGGAGGAUUGCUUCUUCGAUAGGCCAGCUUAAGAACCUCAAUGGUCUUGAUCUUCGUUGGAAUGGAUUGAAUUCUAUAAAUAUAUCAAAGCUUGACGUGUCUCAAAAUCACCUGUCUGGGGAGCUCUCCCCAUAUUUCUUCACUAAUUGGACUAAAUUGACUAGCUUGUUACUUCAAGACAAUAAGUUCAGUGGGAUUAUACCCCUAGAGAUUGGGAAUAUGAAAGCUUUGGAAAAUCUUGACCUCUCAACAAAUCAACUGUCAGGUCCAAUCCCUCCAACUAUUGGGAAACUUGGCAAUCUUUCUGUCCUUAAUCUUUUCUCCAACAGACUCAACAGAACAAUACCGUCAGAGAUUGGAGGUCUCACCUUCUUGACUGACCUUGUUCUGUAUUCCAACCAGCUCCAUGGGGAGUUGCCAGAUUCCUUGAUCUUGAGGGGGAAAAUCCCUGAUGAACUAGGGGACUUAAGCUCCUUGAAAACACUUAACCUGAGCAGUAAUUACUUAGUUGGGGAUAUUCCCCAAAGCAUAGGCAAUCUGCAAGAUCUCGAGUAUCUUGACCUAUCAGCAAACAAUCUGUCAGGAGGAAUUCCUGAAUUGCUUGGAAAUUGUUAUGAUUUAAUAAGCUUGAACUUGAGUCACAAUGCCUUAUCAGGCAAGAUACCAUCACAACUCAGACACUUGGAAGAGCUUCGGUUAUUGUUGGACCUUAGUAGCAACUCCUUCUCAGGUCCGAUUCCACAGCUUGACAAGCUUGUAUCCUUGCUAGUCUUGAAUCUUUCCCAUAAUCAUCUCACAGGGAGGAUCCCACAUUCACUAUCUAAGAUGAUUGGCCUACAGUUCCUCGAUAUUUCCUACAAUAGCCUUUCGGGUUCAGUUCCUAGCGACAAAAUUUUCCAACGUGGGUUGUUCAUAGGAAAUCCUGAUCUCUGUGGAAUUGCGUUAGGAUUAACCUCCUGUGACCACAGGUCCCACAAAAAGCACAAGGAUGUGCUAAUUGCAGUCAUUGUACCAGUUGUUUCCCUUUUGCUUAUUGGAGCAUGUGUAGUGACACUGUUGUUAUGUUGCCCAAUGAAAAAGCAAAAUAGUGCUUAUACAGGAAGCAAAUAUAUGGGUAAUUUGGAGUCUCUUAUAUGCAGGAUGGAAGGAAGAUUCAGAUUUGAAGAUAUCAUACAGGCUACCAAUGAUUUUAACGACACCUAUUGUAUUGGGAGAGGUAGGUUUGGAAGUGUAUAUCGAGCAUCUUUGUCAUCAGGUCAUACUUUUGCUGUUAAGAAGCUCAAUAUAUCAGAAUCUAGCAACUUUCUCUUGAAAAAUAGACAUAGUUUUGAGCAAGAGAUAAAAGCAUUGACAGAGAUUAGGCACCGGAAUGUAGUCAAAUUAUGUGGUUAUUGCUCCACAAAGGGUUCAAUGUACUUGGUCUAUGAUUACGCUGAAAAGGGAAGCUUGGGGAAAGUGCUGUACAGUGAAAUGAGCUCAGUGGAACUAGAGUGGGAAACAAGAGUUGCUAUUGUAAGAGGGUUAGCUCAUGCAGUUGCUUACUUGCACCAUGAUCGUACUCCACCCAUUGUUCAUCGUGACAUAUCCAUAAAUAAUGUCUUGCUUGAUUAUGAUUUUGAGCCUUGGCUAUCAGAUUUUGGCACUGCAAAACUUCUUAGCUUGGAUGCAUCCAACUGGACUUCAAUAGCUGGUACAUAUAUGGCCCCAGAACUUGCUUUGACAAUAAAAGUGACAGAGAAGUGUGAUGUAUAUAGCUAUGGAGUAGUGGCUUUAGAAGUUAUGAUGGGGUAGCAUCCGCGAGAACUUCUAACUUCAUUAUCGUUUUCAGCUACAAAACACCAAGUUUUGUUGAAAGACAUUUUAGACCAACGUAUGUCACCACCAACAGGUCGAGCAGCAAAGGAAGUGGUGACAGCAGUCAGAUUAGCUUUGUUAUGUGUUAGUAUUGAACCAGCUUCAAGGCCUACAAUGUGCUAUGUGGCUCAACAAUUGCCAGCUCGAACAAACAAUCAGAUAUCAGAGCCUUUUGGAGCCAUUACACUUAAUUGUCUGUUAAAUCAUCAAAGAUGAAUGAAGAAUCAAAAGAAGACAGUUCGACUUUGGUAACUGGUUUCGUGUUACUCGUAGUCUUUACACUGGCAACUUCCUUUAUAAUACAAGCUGCCUUGUUGCACUUUCUUCAAUCAAUCAUCCCGUUAGACGUGUUUGUUUUUCCACUUACAUAGAUUGGUUGCAAUUGUAUAACCCGUCAACCCAAGAAUACAUACUUCUUUAGUUUGAAA